AUGCAGCGAUGGCAGAAUUUCGUGAACGGCGCAAACUAUAGUGGUCGAAGUCUAGUGGGUCGUAUGAAUCGCACGGCAUCUGCCAGACCUAAUCCCGAUUAUUGGCAACGCGACGACAUCCAGUUUUGCGCCAGACAUUCUUCAGCUUCAAGGUUAGGGAGGGGGAAGCGUCGUUCUUUGCCGAUCUCCGGGGCCGAGAAGAACUUAAUGAAUUAUGAUCCGAAGAAGAAACGAACUCGGAUCGAACCCUGUCAUCGGGAUAAAAUCAUGUUCCUUUGUUGCAGCUGUUGUCGUCGAAUCGAGCUGGAGGAGUUUCGUGACCACUGGACGGACUUCCAUACGCCGGAAGCGAAUGGUACUCAAAUGCACUGCGUCGAAUGCUUCCAAGUGAUUGGUAUCGCCGAGGAAUUGGUUCAACACGAGGUGUGCUUUCGCCGGGAAGCCACACGACACAAGAGGUUCAAGUGCUCAAUAUGUCAGUACAACGCCCCAUCGCAAAAGUGGUCCGAACGUCAUUCAGACAUGUUUCACAAGCCGAAGUAUUGCGGAUGCUGUGGUCUACAGAAGCAGACGCUGUGCACAGCGGCUCUCCCGGAUGUCAGUAUUCCGGACCAUGUCGAGACGCUUAAGACCAGUGCCUCGUCUGUAAAAGCCCAUUUCAAGAGCUUGAACCCUGGUUCGAAUUUUUUCAGUCAUGGUCCGUUGGUAACGUUGUUGUGCUCCUAUGCCCCUGACUGUCAGAGGGCGAUGAGCAUGUUCUGUUCGCCGAUUUUUUUCUGUCUGCCUCAGUCCCCCGUCAGUCUGCGCUGUUCUUGACGUGGCGUUGUUCUGCACGUGACGAAAACCCAUCGCAUUCCAGUGCCCACGGACUUCAUUCAUGAAGAGGCCAAUGUUGUCGACCUGGAGCCUGGUUUGCGCACGGUUGGCUGCCAGGUUUCUAUUGGCUGUACGGAAUGCGCAAAGCGGGACGGUAUUAUCAAACAAAUGGCAGCGAAACUUAAACGAAUUGCUGCCCUUAGUGAUCUGAAAAUGUACAAGGACACUGUAGAUCAUUUGUUGUGA